UGACAGCUUACUGUUGGUCCAAUAGGUUGCGGCGCGUAGCGGCGCGAGUGCGUUGAGUGUUCAAUUUUUUGAUCGGUUAAUUGUUUAGCUUUUUCAAAAGGCACGCUAGUUUGUUAUGUAUUCUAAAAAUUGCAUUUAAUUGCUUGAAAUGCAGCGAAUAUCGUGAUUGAUGACACAAAGAAGAGCCACAUGACUAUUACAAACAAAUAAAAUUGUUAGCUGCGCAGUUUUUACAACAAUCUAAUAAUUAUUGAGGCAGUCAACUACAGUCAAUAAAGUAAUAAUAAAAAAAAAAAGAAAUUAUCAAAAUGACAAACAUGCGCCCACCGCAAAAAUCCAAACUACUGAAGGUCGUCAUACUGGGCGACGGAGGUGUGGGCAAGUCUGCGCUGCUCACACGGUUCGUAUCGAAUCGGUAUGAGGAAAACAAUUUCCAUACGAUUGGCGUGGAGUUCAUGAAUAAGGACAUCACUGUGGACGGUGAAAAGUACACACUACAGAUAUGGGACACGGCUGGACAGGAACGAUUUCGGGCAUUGCGCACACCCUUUUAUCGCGGCUCCGAUAUGUGCCUACUCUGCUACGCACUGGACGAUCGGGACAGCCUGCGUGGACUGCGGCUGUGGCGCAACGAGUUUAUCAACUACGCGGAUGUGAAGGCAGACAGGUUUCCCUUCAUUGUGGUCGGUAACAAGAAUGACAUUCGGCCGGAGAGAAGACAAGUGGGGUACGAGGAUGCGCAACAGUGGUGCACGGAGCAUGGGAUUAGCUCACACAUUGAGACCUCUUCGAAGACGGCGACAAAUGUUACAGACGCCUUUGUCCUUGCGCUGCGACAGUGGAAAACGAUGGAGCGUGUAGCCGAAGCGGAGCAGCGCCAGCAUGGCGACACCAUCGAUUUAACACAGCCCAUCCGGCUGAUGCAACGUCGCCAGUGCUGCACUGGCGGUGGCACGGGCAAAGCCGCUGACGUCGUCGACGCGGAUGACGGUGACGGGCAAAUUGCGGAUGCUGCCAUGCGCUCACCCUCCUCCAUGUCGCGUCAUCUGUUCGGACAAUCACGCAGUUCGCCCAAGGCGCCAAAGACCAAUUAUCAGCUAUGAGUGGAGACGGAGAGUAUAAAUACGCUUGUUUUUGUUACGUUUUUCUCUCUCGUUCAUUUUUAUGGCUUAUCCAGGGGCAUUCACUACAUUCCAGCCAAGUUGCUGAUUGUGGAAGAGUCUCCCAGCACAAACCAAAUACACAUUGAACACUCUGUAGUAGAAUUCGAGAUUAAUUAAAAAGGUUUCGCUACUCUUAAGGAAACUUAAGUUAUAUGACAGUUAUUCCAGUAUAACAGUCCCACAACUGAAACCGUACUACAAGUGGUGCAUAGAAAUUGUGCCUUGUGAGUGAAGCGAUUGACUUGACCACAGAGUCUACGACAACUAAAUUGAUUUUAGGCUAAGAUAUACAAAGUUUUUAUGUAUGCUUAUAGACCAUACAUCUAUAUAUAUAUAUAUAUAUAUAUAUAUAUAACCGACAUUACAAGUCAACAUCUGUUAUAUUCAUAAUUAAAUGAGCUAUUAUAGAUAACAUGUGCUUGUGACAGAUAAUCUCCCACUACAAAGACCAAGCCGAUAACAUUAAAGGUAGCUAAUUUUGAAAUAUUUGCUUUGUAUAAGCAUCUAGAUAACAUUCAAAGCACUUAUAUCUAUACUUAUAAACCAGCCAACGAAGAACUUAAACGUGAUUUGUUUAUACAAACGACUUAAUUGUAAACUACCCGAAUGAAGAAACUCUAAGAAAUAAAGUGAAUUU